AUGGAAACUCAGGACUGGAAGGAAGUGGUGAUAAACCCCCGAGCCAAGAGAAACCAGGUGUCCUCCCAGAGCUUGACGGGACCUAUUACAGGCGCUGCAGCUGAGAAGAAGUUUGGAGCCGGAAGCAAUAAGAAGAACCUCGUUCCGAACGCAAAACGUUUAGACGAGGCGCACGAACCUGAACGUCUGCAGAGUGUGCCUUUAAGUCUUGCUAAGCGGAUUCAACAGGCACGGCAGCAGAAGGGCUGGACGCAGACCCAGCUUGCCCAGGCCAUUGGAGAACGCGCCAGAGUAGUGAACGACUACGAGCGCGCAGCGGUUCCACCAAACCCCGUUAUCAUCAACAAGAUGGAGAAAGCGCUAGGCGUGCGUCUACGAGGACAAGGCUCGACACCUGCGCCAUCAGCCAAGUGA